AUGAAUAUUAUCGAUCAACCUGUUCUUGAGCGGUUUACUUUGUUGAAUGAUCGCAUUGUGACUUUGAGGUUUCUUUGUGCGGAACUUAUAGUUGCUCGCAAAGGUGGUAAGAAAAAUAAGCAGAAGUCAAACAAAUCUCAAAUCACGGCCGAUCUGACGGAAUAUCUGAAAAGGGCUUGUCUAACUCUCAACCUAUCCAGACCACCACCUGACAUCGAUGCUAGCAAACUCUUGUCGUCUCUCCUCGAAUCCGUGAGUUCCGACAAAUUUCACAUGCACUAUUAUCAGCUUGGAGGAUUUUGCUUAAUUACUUUCUAUUGA